UGAAAAUCAUCUUAUUAAUCAUAUGAUGUAUUCAAAAUAAAUCAAACAUAUAUAAAGUCAAUUUCUCGUAUUAAUAUUAAGUUUUUCUGAGAAGCAAAUAAUUUUUUGAAAAUGAAAUUUUUAAUACUUUUUAUUAGUUUGACAGUAGUGAGCGCAUCUGAUUAUGAACUAUGGCAAGAAUUUAAAGUAAAAUUUUCAAAAUCGCACUCAUUAACUGAAGAUAAAAUACGUUUCGAAAUUUUUCAAAAUAACCUACGCAAAAUCGAAGAGCAUAAUGCAAUGUAUGACAAAGGAGAAGUUUCAUAUUUUUUGAAAAUCACUCAAUUUGCCGACUGGACCUUGGAAGAAUACCGAUCGAUGUUGGGGGCUCAUCUGAACGGAAAACCAAAGGUUAAGCCUAUAAAAACAUUUAAACAUGAAGCUAAUUUCAACAGACCAGAAUCAAUUGACUGGAGAGAAAAAGGAGCAGUCUUGCCAGUUAAGAACCAAAGACAUUGUGGAUCAUGUUGGGCUUUUAGUACUACGGGUGCUCUUGAGGGUCAGUUUGCCAUUCUUCAUAACGAACAAAUUUCUUUGAGUGAGCAAGAAUUAAUCUCUUGUGUUGAAGAAAACAGAGGAUGUGGCGGUGGUUGGGUUGACGUAUCCCUAACGUACGUACAACAAAAUGGUCUAAGUUCAGAAAAGCAGUAUCCAUACCUAGGUGGAUUUGAUUAUUGCAAAAACAAUACUGGCAAUAAACCUAUUAAUUCUACUCAAGGAUAUGCCUUAGUUGACAAUAACGAAGAAGCAAUGGCUGAUGCCGUUGCAAGUGUAGGUCCAAUUUCAAUUUAUGUCAAUGCCGAUAAUGAUUGGAUGUUAUAUGGAGGUGGUAUUUUCGAUCACGAAGAUUGUGGCGAUCGUUUUAACCAUGCGGUUCUCAUCACAGGCUACGAUUCACAAUCUUGGACCAUCAAAAAUUCUUGGGGCACAAGCUGGGGAGAAGAAGGCUACAUCAGAUUAAUCAGAGGAAAAGGUCAAUGUGGUGUUACAGUUUUUCCUAUUUAUCCUGUACUUUAAUUAAUAAAUAAAGUGGUUUGUAAUGAAUUAACUAA